CUUCAUAUAUAUUUUAUUUGUAUUCGGAUCUCUCUUUCUAAAAAGUCAGAAUGAAGAAGGCACGCAUAUUUAUAUAUCUAGCUUAGCUACGGUAUAUAAUAUUUUCUGCGGAGAACACGGAAAUUAGCCGGAGAAAUACAAGGAGAGUACUCUUAAGAUCGAUCUGAAACGAUUUUGUUACUUGUAUUACACUCGAGAAUUAAUUUUCAAACAAUGUCGUCCGCAUUGACCAACUCCCCAUGUGCAGCAUGUAAGCUCCUCCGUCGAAAAUGCACUCAGGAAUGCGUUUUUGCGCCUUAUUUCCCACCCGAUAAUCCCCAAAAGUUUGCAAACGUUCAUAGAGUUUUCGGGGCAAGCAACGUCUCGAAACUACUAAAAGAACUAAGCCCUAACCAGCGCGAGGAUGCGGUUAAUUCCCUGGCCUACGAAGCGGAAUUCAGGCUUCGCGAUCCUGUUUAUGGUUGCGUCGGUCUAAUCUCAAUCCUUCAACAUCGUCUCCGACAAGUCCAAACCGAUCUAGAAAAUGCCAAGAAAGAAAUAGCUUCUUAUAUUGGUCCAUCUGCAAUGUUACCAAUUUUGAACAAUUUCUCAUCAAAUUCUGUCUUAGGAUAUAAUAACAAUAAUAAUACUAAUGUGACACCCAUUUUGGGUAUCCCUACUCAACUUGGACAUCUUAUGAUUCGGGAUAAUCAUAAUCAAAUGAUCGAUGCGCACCAGAUGUUGAGGAGUUACAAUAACGAGCAGCACCCGAAUGAGCACCAAAUUGUGAGGUUUAGUAACGGCGGUUUUGAUUUGGUCGGGUUUAAUCAGAUGGAAGCAAAUAAUGUAUCUUCUUCCGAGGAGAGUUUUCAGAUUCAGACACCUUUGACGGCUCAGCUUUUGGUUCAGCAACCACAACCCGAAGAACAACAACAACAAUCGGUCCCUCUUCAGGAGAGAUCGGGCAAUGAGGGGAGGAUUGUUGGACUUUCAUGCUGAUCGAUCUAUCGAUAUACUUUCCAAGGUAAAUCCAUUUCACAA